AUGCCUUCCGGUUACCUGGCUGCCCCGGGAGUCUGCUCUCCCGCCACCGUCCUGGACCCUCCUGCGCUGCAGACGCCCCCGAGACGGGGGCCCCGGACCCCAGGGCUCAGAAGGACUCAACCAGGACUUUCCAAAAGUUGCCGCGGGGCCUUCCAAUCCCCUCGGCCAUCUCCCAAGUCUGGCCAGGCUGAUGGAGCCGGCAAGGAUUCUCUGCACCUUGACAUUCAGAAACUGAAGGAGAAGAGCGACCUGCUGGACAAGGAGAUCUCCCAGUUUAUCUCUGAAGGCUACAGUGUGGCUGAACUGGAGGACCACAUCUGCCAGCUCCAUGAGUAUAAUGACAUCAAGGAUGCAGGCCAGAUGCUGCUAGGCAAGCUAGCCGUGAUCCGAGGCGUCACCACCAAAGAGUUGUAUCCAGAAUUUGGCUUGGACAUGAAUGACUGAGCCAAGGCUAACAGCCCCUUGUCCAUGGCCCAAGGGGACAGGCAGAUUUGGACAUGAGAGGCAGUGAGAGCCCAAUCAGAAUACCCACUCACUUCCCACCAAGAAAGUGUCAGAAGCCCUUUUCUAGAGAGCUCAAGCUGAGUGAGGAGGGAGCCCAGAGAAGAGGCGGACAGAGAAGGGCUGUUUCCUGAAAUGUCCAGUGAUAUAUGUGUGUGUGUGUGUGUGUGUGUGUGUCUCCUGUUUGUAAAUAAACAUACAAGCAAUCUUGGUAUAAAUCUUUA